GGGACAUCUUGCUCGUGCUAUAUCUCCUCCAUGUUCAUUUAUCUUCUUGCUUUUGUUGAGCUGCCAAGUCUUGCAUCUUUGUACUGCUAUUGAUAUUGGGUAGUUUGCUAUGCUUGUGCUGAUUGUCUCUUGAUAUUGUGCUAUUGGGUUGUCAGAACCUGCAUCAUUGAACUGUUUCUAGUGCUGGUACUGGUUAGCUGACCUUUUGCUGUUGCUUUCAGAUUUUCUAUAAAGGAAUGGAGGACAAGUGUGCAAUCAAGAAAGAUGUCACUGAAUUAAUAGGAAAUACCCCUAUGGUAUAUCUCAACAAUAUCUUGGAUGGUUGCGUAGCCUGUAUUGCUGCCAAGCUUGAGAUGAUGGAACCUUGCUUCAGUGUUAAAGACAGGAUUGCAUAUAGUAUGAUCAAAGAUGCGGAAGAUAAGGGCUUAAUUACUCCGGGGAAGACUGUCCUCAUUGAACUUACAAGUGGUAACACGGGCAUUGCAUUAGCAUCCAUCGCUGCAGCCAAGGGUUACAAAGUUAUCAUUAUCAUGCCAGCUGCAAAAAGUAUAGAGAGAAGAAUAGUGAUGUUGGCAUUUGGAGCUGAGUUGCAUCUCACAGAUCCAACCAUGGGCUAUAAGGAGGUCCUUAGAAAGGGUGAGGAGAUACUAAAAGUCACACCUAAUGGUUACAUGCUUCAUCAAUUUGAAAAUCCAGCCAAUCCAAGGAUUCAUUAUGAAACCACCGGCCCUGAGAUAUGGAAAGAUUCGGCAGGAAAAGUUGAUGUCCUGGUUGCUGGGAUAGGGACGGGUGGUACAGUAACUGGAGCAGGGAAAUUUCUUAAGGAGAAAAAACCGGAGAUUAAGGUCUAUGGUGUAGAACCAGCAGAAAGUGCAGUCCUGAAUGGAGAAAAACCUGGUGCACAUCUGAUUCAAGGACUUGGCGCUGGCAUUGUUCCUCCUGUUUUGGAUAUUGACCUCCUCGAUGAAGUUAUCAAAGUAUCGAGUGAUGAAGCUAUUGAGACAACCAAGCUGAUUGCUUUGAAAGAAGGUUUGCUGGUGGGAAUAUCAUCUGGUGCCGCAACAGCUGCUGCUAUAAAGUUGGCCAAGAAACAGGAAAAUGCUGGGAAACUCAUCGUGGUGGUUUUUGCUAGUGCCGGGGAGCGAUAUAUUUCCUCGAAGCUGUUUGAUUCCAUCAGGCAUGAGGCAGAAACAAUGACCUUUGAUUAAGGUCUUACUGAUUUUUCAUGCGGGGGACCUAGUUAAACUAUUGGUUUUUUUGCACAAUUCCUUCCUGGAAGAACGUAAUUCACACUGAUUCUGGACUCGUAUGGGUAGGGGCUGUGCAACACAGGCCUGAUUCCUUAAAAUUGUACCUACUCCAUGCAACAUAUGAAUGCUUCAUGGAGGAAUGCUUCAAGCAUAAGACUCUUAAUAGACCUGAUAUGUCAACUGUCUUGAAAUUUUAAGAUUGUAAAACUCUUGCUUUUCAACCUGAGAUGGCUACAGCAUGAUAGAUUUGAAACCAAAAUGCAGCACCUUAAACCAA